AUGCUUCCGUCAAAAUAUCGGUCAACUCAGUCAUUUAAGUCACCAGGUGGUUGCAAACUCCUGCCUCUGGAGUCGCCUUGGCGACAGCCGGCCAGUGUGCGACAUGCACGUGCAGUCUAUUUGCUUCCUGUUUCUCCCCUCUUGCAUACAAUCUUUCUCAUUCCCUCUAUCCGGCUCUCUUGUUUGUUCUCUUCUCCUCUCUCUGCCUCUGUCUGUCUGUCUGUCUGUCUCUUUCUGUCCGUCCAUCCGCCUGUUUGUUGGACGGCUUAUGAGUUAGCAAUGGCCGGAUUAAAUCUAUCAGACAAGAAUGGAGCGCCUACUUUCAUUAUCCUCGUCCGCCGAGUUUGGGGCGAGUAUGCCAUGAUGGAAGGCUCUCCGAAGGUCCGCACACCCCUCGGCCCCUCGGCCAGAUGUGGAUAG